GGGCGGGAGCGAGCGGAGGCCCGGCCUCCUCCUUCCCUCUCGGGAGAGGCUGGUCUGGGGAGAGAGACCAGCAGUAAUUGUAAUGUUAUUUUAAACAAGCCAAAAAUCUAUUGUAAUAUGUAAUACUACUUAAAUGAAGAAAGUUAAAAGAACAACCAGAACUCCAACUGAUGAUUAUAACUUGCAGACCCUGAUGAAUAUGUCACUCAAUCCAAGUCGGCCUUCUUCAUCAGAGUUGGUGGAGCUUCAUGUUUUUUAUGUCCCUGAAGGAUCAUGGAACUAUCAGUUAAAUACUAUAUCGAUACAAGUUGUUAACAAAUUUAUUUCUGCUGGAUUUAUAAGAGUAUCUCCUCAACUUACUUUACAAGCCCUGAGACUGCGCCUUGGAGAGUUCCUUGGUGAGGAUGCUGUUGCAGAAAAAUUUUUAUUUCUAAAAUGCAUUGGAAAUAAUUUAGCCGUGGUGAAGGAAAAGCAAGAAUCAGAACUAAAACUCAAAUCAUUUGCUCCUCCAUAUGCUCUUCAACCAGAAUUAUAUUUGCUUCCUGUAAUGGACCAUUUAGGAAACGUUUAUUCAGCAUCAUUAACAGUUACUUUAGAUGGGCAGCAAACUAAUAAUGAUAUUGCUGAGAUGGAUGGAACCAUCCAGAGACCAGUUAGUGUAACUUUGUCAAAGGAAGAACCUGGAAGAAUUCCCAGUUCCUUAGAAAACAUCUUGAGAGAACUUUUUAGCAAGAAUCAGGAAGAAGUGGGAACACCAGCAUCAGUUAAGAGAAAAGCCUCUCCCAACAAAAGCCAGAAUGCAAACAAUCACAUUGAAAAUUCUGAGUUGCCAGCAUCAUUGGAAGAUUCAAAUGAUUACUUUCACAACCAAAAAAGUGAAUUUCUUUGGGAAAAUGAAGAUCAAACCAGAAGACUGGACAAUCAGACAGAUGAAAAGGAGCAUAUCCUUCUGCCAGACCUUAUUGAUUUCCCUUCAUUUCCUUGUCAACGACAACCUGUUCUUUCUUCAGACGUAACAGAUAUCUCUUCAUUACAAAUUGAGAGACAAAGUAUUAUUGAACAAAUGAAACAAGUAAAGGAAGAAAGAAGAUAUCUGGAAAGAAUUAGAGAAGAGCUAAUAAAAAAGGCUGAAAAACUAUUUGAACAAAACAAAUUGAAGCAACAUCAUGCCUGUGGUGGUUGGAAGAAAAAAUACUUGGAAACAAAGAAAAUCACAUCAUCAUUGGAGGAGAUUUUAACAAAACUUCGAGAAGAUUUGGAACUUUACUAUAAAAAGUUGCUCAUGCAGCUUGAAGCCAGGGAGAUCAAGAUGAAACCAAAGAAUUUGGCAAACAUUUCAGACUCCAAGAAUUACCUUAUAAUACAGAUCACUGAAGUACAGCAUGCAAUUGACCAACUUAAGAGAAAACUGGAUACUGAUAAAAUGAAACUCAUAAUAGAAGUUAAGAUGAGAAAACAAGCAGUUUCAGAUUUACAAACACUGAAAACUGAACUGGCACAGAAGAAAAUUAGUCCUUUUCAAUCUCUAUUAGUUUCUGGAAGUGUGCCUAGCUAGGAGCUGAACAGAUGAUUUUAUUUACACUAAAUCAGCCAAAUUAAAAGAUAAUGUCUGAUUAUAGGGAGCAUUGGCUGCUGCAAUACACUCUGACCAAAGCUGACUUUGUUCAUCAUAAGACAUCACAAAGAGAAA